ACAACACCGCGAAAGCGCAAAGAAGAACCUUUGGAAGAAGAAGAAGAAGAAGAAGAAGUUGAGCCAUGGGGAAAGUGAAGGGGAAGCACCGUCUGGACAAGUUCUACCGCCUCGCCAAGGAGCACGGCUACCGCUCCCGGGCCUCCUGGAAGCUCGUCCAGCUCGACUCCAAGUUCUCCUUCCUCCGCUCCUCCCGCGCCGUGCUCGACCUCUGCGCCGCCCCCGGCGGCUGGAUGCAGGUCGCCGUCCAGCGCGUCCCCGUCGGCAGCCUCGUCAUCGGCAUCGACCUCGUCCCCAUCGCCCCGGUCCGCGGCGCCAUCUCCAUCGAGCAGGACAUCACCCGUCCGGAGUGCCGGGCCCGGGUCAAGAAGCUGAUGGGGGAGCACGGGGUCCGGGCCUUCGACCUGGUGCUCCACGACGGCUCGCCGAACGUCGGCGGGGCGUGGGCGCAGGAGGCUAUGAGCCAGAACGCGCUGGUCAUCGAUGCGGUGAAGCUCGCGACUCAGUUUCUGGCUCCGAAAGGCACGUUUGUGACGAAGGUUUUCAGGUCCCAAGACUAUAACUCUGUUCUGUAUUGCCUCAAGCAGUUGUUUGAAAAGGUGGAGGUGGACAAACCAGCUGCUAGUCGGUCCACAUCUGCUGAGAUAUUUGUUUUGGGAUUGAAAUACAAGGCCCCUGCAAAAAUUGAUCCGCGACUUCUUGAUGUGAAGCAUCUGUUUCAAGGAUCUAUUGAGCCCCCUAGGAAGGUGGUCGAUGUACUCAGAGGAACAAAGCAAAAGAGACACCGUGAUGGUUAUGAAGAUGGAGAAACAAUUUUCAGAAAAGUGUCUUCAGCUGCAGAUUUCAUUUCGUCCGAGUCUCCUCUUGAGAUACUUGGUUCAGUAACUUCAAUAUUAUUUGAUGAUCCAGCUUCUUUGCCUAUUAAGGAGCACUCUUUAACCACCGAGGAGGUCAAACAUCUAUGUGAGGAUUUGCGAGUCCUGGGAAAACAAGACUUCAAGCAUCUAUUGAAAUGGCGGCUGCAAAUGAGGAAGGCUCUGUCUCCUACAAAGAAGACUGAUUCUUCUAGUCCUGCAGUUGGUGACAAAGAGGAAACCGUAGAUGAAGAUGAUAAAAUACUCAAUGAGAUGGAGGAGCUGACAUAUGCUAUGGAGCGCAAGAAAAAACGACAAAAGAAGCUUCUUGCAAAAAGACGAGCUAAGGACACGGCACGGAAGGCCUUAGGGACGCAAGUGGAUGCUUUGGAAGAUGGUUACAUGGAUCAUGAAUUGUUUUCUCUUUCUUCCAUCAAGGACAAGAAAGAUUUGGUAGCUGUUGAUUCUAAUGAACUUGACGAGGAAAAUGUGGACUCACGGAAUAGUGAUGAUGAAGGAACUUUGAAGGAAAGCGAGGAGCAAUCUUCAAGUGAUGCCGAUUCAGAGGAAGAACGCAAAAGAUACGAUGAAAAGAUGGAAGAGUUUCUCGAUGAGGCUUAUGAACGCUUUGUAGCCAGAAAGGAGGGUAGCACAAAACAGCGGAAGCGUGCGAAACAAGCUUAUGAAAAGGACCAACUUUUAGAGGGCAGCGAAAAUGAGGACAUGAUCCAUUAUGAUGACGACUCGGACAAAGCUGAGGUUGAUAAUGAAUCAAAUCCACUUAUGGUAAACCUUGAUAAUGGUGAAGUGCCUACCCAAGAAGAGAUAACCAAUAAGUGGUUCAGCCAAGAUAUCUUUGCAGAAGCUGUAGAAGGGGGAGAUUUGGGGAAGUAUGAAAGUGAUGAUGAGAUGCAAAUUGAUCGGCGUGGAAAAGAACUUCCGACACCAGUGAAGGUUAAGGCAGCAACCCAAGUUGCAGCAUUGGACACAGUUCAAGCUUCCAAGGGGAGAGAUGAUUUUGAGAUAGUUCCUGCACCAGCUACUGAUUCUAGUGAUGAGUCCUCUGAUGAUGACUCGGAGGAUGAAGACAUUGACACAAAAGCUGAGAUCUUGGCCUGUGCAAAGAAGAUGCUAAGGAAGAAGCAGAGAGAGCAAAUCCUAGAUGAUGCCUACAGUAAGUACAUGUUUGAUGAUGAGGGGCUGCCUGAGUGGUUUAUAGAUGAGGAGAGGAGACACCGGCAACCAAUUAAGCCCGUGACGAAAGAGGAAAUUGCUGCAAUGAAGGCACAAUUUAAGGAGAUAGAUGCCCGCCCAGCUAAGAAGGUGGCAGAGGCCAAAGCACGAAAGAAGCGGGCUGCCAUGAGGAAGCUAGAUAAGAUUCGCAAGAAAGCGAACUCUAUAUCGGACCAGACAGAUAUAUCUGAUCGUUCCAAGAGUAGGAUGAUCGACCAGCUAUACAAGAAGGCUGCACCCAAAAAGCCUCAAAAGGAGUACGUGGUCGCAAAGAAGGGGGUUCAGGUCAAGGGCGGGAAGGGGAAAGUCCUUGUUGACCGAAGGAUGAAAAAGGAUGCUCGGAGUCGUGGAAAGGGCAAGCAAGGGAAAGGCGGAUUGAAAAAGGGAAAGAAUGCAAAAGCUCGAGGAGCCGGUAAAGGAUCUGGAAAGGGCUCUGGAAAGGGGAAGAUGGGAAACAAAGCAAAAGGCGGGCAUGCGUGAAUGAGGGCAUGCAUAGCAUUUUACCGAUCUGUCUCUUCUUAAUGAAAUUUUGCCGCCUGUUUAAGUUAUGACUUGAUUUAUAGAAGGCAUCUCAGUUCACAAUUUUGCACCA